AUGAAUCCCAGCGCUCCCAGUUACCCCAUGGCCUCGCUCUACGUCGGGGACCUGCAUUCGGAUGUGACCGAGGCUAUGCUGUACGAGAAAUUCAGCCCGGCCGGAGCCAUCCUCUCUAUCCGGGUUUGCAGAGAUAUGAUCACCCGCCGCUCCCUUGGAUAUGCCUACGUCAACUUCCAACAGCCAGCAGACGCUGAGCGUGCGCUGGACACCAUGAACUUUGAUGUGAUCAAGGGCCGCCCUGUGCGCAUUAUGUGGUCCCAGCGCGACCCGUCAUUGAGGAAAAGUGGUGUUGGAAACAUCUUCAUCAAGAACCUUGAUAAGUCAAUUGACAACAAGGCACUGUAUGACACCUUCUCUGCUUUCGGCAACAUCUUGUCGUGCAAGGUGGUUUGUGAUGAAAACGGUUCUAAAGGUUAUGGCUUUGUGCAUUUUGAGACUCACGAGGCGGCAGAGCGUGCCAUAGAGAAAAUGAAUGGCAUGUUGCUUAAUGAUCGUAAAGUAUUCGUGGGCCGCUUUAAAUCUCGCAAAGAGCGUGAGGCUGAAAUGGGAGCACGGGCCAGAGAGUUUACAAACGUCUACGUUAAAAACUUUGGGGACGAUAUAGAUGAUGAGAAGCUAAGGGAACUUUUCAGCCAGUUUGGAAAUGCCCUCAGUAUUCGUGUGAUGACUGAUGCGACCGGGAAAUCUCGUGGAUUUGGAUUUGUCAGCUUUGAGAGGCAUGAAGAUGCACAGAAGGCUGUAGAUGAGAUGAACGGAAAAGAGUUCCAAGGCCGACCUAUCUAUGUGGGCCGUGCUCAGAAGAAGAUGGAGCGACAAACCGAACUCAGGCGUCGAUUUGAACAAAUGAAACAAGACAGAAUGACAAGAUACCAGGGUGUAAACUUGUACGUGAAGAAUCUUGAUGAUGGCAUUGAUGAUGAGCGGCUGAGAAAAGAGUUUUCUCCUUUUGGCACAAUCACCAGUGCAAAGGUCAUGUUGGAAGGUGGUCGCAGCAAAGGCUUUGGCUUUGUGUGCUUCUCUUCACCUGAGGAAGCCACUAAAGCAGUUACUGAAAUGAACGGGCGCAUCGUAGCCACAAAGCCUCUGUAUGUGGCGCUGGCUCAGAGGAAAGAAGAACGCCAGGCACAUCUUACCAACCAGUACAUGCAGCGUAUGGCCAGUGUGCGCGCUGUUCCAAACCCAGUCAUCAACCCCUAUCAGCCUGCCCCACCAUCGGGCUACUUCAUGGCAGCCAUACCCCAGGCACAGAAUCGUGCAGCGUACUACCCCGCUGCAGGGCAGAUGGCACAGCUACGCCCAAGCCCACGCUGGGCCACCCAGAACGUCAGACCACAGCAUUUCCAGAGUAUGCCCACCGCAGUGCGGGCAUCACCACCUCGCCCUCAGUCCUUUGGUGCCAUGCGUCCCACAGCCCAAAUGCCUCGUAUGAUUUCCGCCCAAAGACUAGCCACUCAGCCCAUGGCUCCUCGUCCAGUUGCAGCAGCUCCCACGGCUGCUCCUGUGCGCGGCGUCCCUCAGUACAAGUACUCUGCUGCGGUCCGUAACCCUCAGCAGCACAUGGCGCCUGCCCCGGUUGGCUUGCCCCAGGCCGCAGUCCAUGUGCAGGGCCAGGAGCCACUGACAGCCUCCAUGUUGGCUGCUGCCCCGCCCCAAGAGCAGAAACAGAUGCUGGGAGAGCGCCUGUUCCCAUUGAUCCAGAACAUGCACCCGAGUCUGGCGGGAAAGAUCACAGGAAUGUUGCUGGAGAUCGACAACUCUGAACUCCUGCACAUGCUCGAGUCACCAGAGUCUCUGCGCUCAAAGGUGGAUGAGGCCGUCGCAGUGCUCCAGGCGCAUCAGGCCAAAGAAGCCGUUCAGAAGACUGUGACCAACACGGCCGUGGCUGCAAGUGUCUAG